AUGAUUGCACCCUCUACUACUGCAGGCGUGAGCCUGCUGCUUGUGGCGGUCAGCGUACUGUUUUACUUGUCGACACAUCCACCACAUACGUUGCCCAGUUAUGUACCUGAUGUAUCGUACAAUCGUAAGACGAACAAGGAUCAGCAUAAGCAGCAGAAAAACGCUAAGUCCAGCGAGCCAAAACCUAUGACCGUUCGCAUCCUGUACGGUACGCAAACUGGCACUUCCAAGGCGAUGGCAGAGAAGCUUGAGAAGACGCUGUUUGCACUAAAUAUUGCCGGCUUUCACUUUCAAACGAGCGUUGUAAGCAUGAAGGACUACGAUCAAGAUAAUCUAGAGCAAGAGGAUAUUGUAGUGGCAAUUCUGUCCACUUGGACACAUGGCAAACCACCAAAGGAUGCGCGUGUAUUUUGCAACUGGAUAACGGACAUGACACAGGACUUUCGCGUAUCAAAAACUUGGCUGAAUGGUGUACCGCAUGCCGUCUUCGGAUUGGGCAAUGCAGAGUACGAUGAAGACUAUGGUACAGCUGCCAAGAAUUUAGAGCGUGACUUGGAUGAGCUGGGGUCUCCGUCACUUGUGGUAUUGGGUAUGAGCGAUGAUAAUGUUGAUCAGUUUCAGCAGUUUGAUGUUUGGAUGAACAGCUUAGUUGCUGCCAUGUGCGAGUACAGUUCGGAGAAAGUGGCUGCUAUUUUGAAAAAAAGUGAAAUUCCAGUAAAGGCUAGCAAGGCAAGAAAAAAGCAGUGGUUGUCACAGAAUGAGUUUCGUCGUCAAAAGAGAGCGGAGAAGGUAGAAGCUGCUGCAGCGAAUGGCGAGACUGUAGAACUCAAUGAGGAGGAUUUAAUGAAUGAAGAGUUUUUGGUAGAUGAUUUCUCAGAUGAUGAAGAGCAAAAUCAGCAAAGUACUAAUGAUGAUAGCGGUGGUAUGGUAGAUGUGGAGGACAUUGGAAAGUCCAUGAAGGAGUCAGAGGCAGCAAGCAAGUCACGCGAGAUGGUUACUCCGAUGCAGCGCAAGGCUCUGACGAAAGAAGGCUACAAGAUAAUUGGUACGCAUAGUGCUGUAAAGCUCUGCCGUUGGACGAAACACCAACUACGUGGGCGUGGCGGUUGCUACAAGCACACAUUUUAUGGUAUUACAAGCUAUCAAUGCAUGGAGACUACUCCUAGUCUAGCAUGUGCCAACAAGUGCGUCUUCUGCUGGCGUCACCAUAAGAAUCCGGUUGGUCGUGUGUGGCGCUGGAAGACGGAUGAUGCCGAGACACUUGUCCAAGGCUCUAUUGAGCGUCAUCAGGGCAUGAUUAAGGAACUGAAGGGACUUCCUGGGUUGAUUCCUGCACGAUGGGACGAAGCAUUUACGGUGCGCCACUGCGCGUUAUCACUUGUAGGCGAAGCUAUUAUGUACCCGCAGAUUAACGAGUUCUGCAAGCAGCUCCACAGCCGUCAAAUAUCUUCGUUUCUGGUUACGAAUGCUCAGUUCCCCGACAAGAUUGCUGCACUCGACCCGAUCACUCAACUUUAUGUUAGUGUUGAUGCUGGCACGAAGGAGACAUUGCGUGCUGUUGAUCGCCCGCUGUUCAAGGACUUUUGGGAGCGGUUCCUGGCUUGCCUGGAAGAGCUUAAGCACAAGGGUCAGCGCACAGUGUACCGUUUGACGUUGGUUAAGUCGUACAACAUGAAAGAGCUUGACAACUACGCGGAGCUGAUCAACAUCGGUCAGCCUGACUUUAUUGAGGUGAAAGGUGUAACAUAUUGUGGAAAGUCAGAUGGCUCCGAUUUAACCAUGAAGAAUGUUCCGUGGCACGAAGCAGUGCGGGAUUUUUGCUUGGCGCUGUGUGACCGUGUAAGCUGUAAUUACGCUCUAGCAUCUGAGCACGCACACUCGAACUGUGUGCUGAUCGCGAAGAAAAAAUUCUGUCGCGAUGGGGUUUGGCACACUUGGAUCGACUACACGCGCUUCCACGAGCUCGUUGCCAAGUUUUAUGAAAAUGGUACGCCGUUCACAGCUGAUGACUACACUGCCCCUACGCCGAAUUGGGCCGUGUACGACUCGAAAGAGCAGGGUUUUGAUCCCGUUGAAACUCGUUUUUGUCGCACAAAGGAUGGGAAGGUUACCAAAUAUACCUAG